CACAAUAUUUAGAAGCUGGUUUUGCUCAUUUUGGGUCACUUCCCAAAGUGCUACUGGUGUCUGCAUGGCUGUAUGGCCGGAGCUUUGGACGGCAGAAAAAUAUCAGGACAAAACAUGCAGUUUCCAGAAAUGUCUGGAUUUGAUUUUCUAGGGAAAGAAUAAAUUGGGAUAUCAGCAGUGUAGCUGAAGGUUAUUUGUGGUCAGUCAUCACAUUCCUGCUCUUGAAAAGUCAUCAGAGACCGUUGCGUAUAAUUAACGCUCAAUAAAUAAAAUAAACCCAUUUCUGUGCUGGACCAUGCCUGUAUGGAGCCUUCCACCCUGUGGUUAAAUCCACAGUUCCCUUUUUCAAGGCGUGCUUAUCUCUCUUGUCCUCUGCCAUCUCUUCUGAGGUGCCAGCCCGGUUGGUACUUGAAAGGCAGCAGUUAUGAAAGAAACCCGCAGGGAGAGCACCCAGAGGACGGGGAACAAACAGACCCAGCUCUUCACAGGACUUUGAGAUCCCCAGCUCCUGUGACACGGUGACAGGGCACGUGUGCUGAUUCCUGGCCGUGCCCAUCCAGCACCCAAAGCUGAUGGCCAGUGGGAUGCGAGUUUUCCUGCUCCUCCUUUGGACAGCAAACACGCCUCAGGGUGCAGGAGUUCAGGUUUUGCCACCUGUUAACUUCACCCUCAGUGUCUCUGCAUUAGCACAAGUGCUGUUACACUGGGAACCAAACCCUGCUCAGGAGCAAAACAACUCCACCAUCAGAUACGAUGUGAAAAUCCUGAGCCCUGUGCCAGAAGAGUAUGACACCAAGAGGACUCACAGUGUCCGAACAGCGGCGCUUCACAACGGCUUCUCGGCUCGCGUGCGGACCUUGCUCCUCCAGGAGAACCUUCAGCUGAGCAGUGACUGGGUGGAGAGAAACCUCCCACCUCUGCCAGGUGCUGCAGAGACCUCUGUCACCAACCUGUCCUGUGUCACUCAUGUCACCAUCCCUGGCAAUGUCUCUCUCCGUUGCACUUGGCUCCCUGGCCAAGGGGCACCAGAAGACACCAAAUACUUUCUGUUUUACAGGUAUGAGACACACACUGAGGAAUGUCCUGCUUACACCAAAGACAAGUGGAACAGGAAUGCUGAAUGCAGCUUUUCGAGUACUCAGAUUGAACCUGGCGAGAUCGACAGCCUCAUUGUCAUUCACAUUAAUGGCUCCAGCAAACGUGCUGCAAUCAAGCCUUUUCAGCAGAUAUUUAACCAAAAUGCCAUCGAGAAAGUGAAUAUUCCCAGAAAUAUCAGCAUAUCCCUGGAGCAAAAUGAUCUCCUGGCCACGUGGGAGAAGCCAAUUUCUCCUUUCCAUGAGGAAUGUUUUGAAUAUGAAUUUUAUCUCAUCAACCUGAAGUCAGGUAACAAGCAGAUCCUGAAAAUCUCCUCGAACAGAUUCCGAGUAGGGAUCGAUGGCAGCAGCAGAUAUUCCAUAAGGAUCAGGGCCAACCACAACCACAUCUGUCGUGCCCAAGGAUUCUGGAGUGACUGGAGUGAAAUCAUUUAUGUUGGGCAAAAUAAACUGGAGAAUUCCAUAGUCUGGAUUCUCACUCUGCUUUGUGUUUCCACAUCCUGCACAUUGCUGUUUGUUGCUAUAAUAUGCAAAAUGAGCCACCUUUGGAGGAAACUGUUCCCACCAAUCCCAACACCCAGCAACAAAUUCCGAGACCCUUUCCCAAUUGACUACGAGAGAGCACGGACCUGCACCAGCUCCACGGAGACCGAGGUGGGCAGCCUGGCUGAAGGCUUCUCCUGCAGUGUCCUCGAUGACUCCGUGUUCUGAGAGGCUCCACAGUGUCACCCACCAGCGCUGGAGACGGCUCUGUGUCACCUCUCUGUGGCCCUGCUCCCAGUGGGGAGGAGAAUUUGCCUUCACCAGGUGCCUUGUUCAAGCAGGAUUUAAGUUCAUGGCACAAAGGCUGUGUCAGGGGAAAAAAAGCUUGGAAAAGAGCAAAUGGAUUCAUUUUUUUCUGGUUUGCAGCUUAAUCUUUUGGAUGUUUGUUUUACCUUUACAACUGGAGAUGCAAACUGGGUUUGGCACGGCCCUGUGGAUGCAGCAAGGUGGUCCUGGCACUGACCAAGAGGGGUCAAACACUGGGAAAAGAAGAAAAAAGUUGUGAAAUACCCAGUGCUGUCACCCCCAGCGCUGCACAGCAAGGCCACCAUGACAGCAGGGACGCUCACCUGGCCUUUGCUGAUACGCUUUGUAAUGGAACUGUGAAUUUCCACCUGAAAAACAUCCAUGGAAAUGCAAUUCCUGGGUCAAGUUGGGUGUGCCUGUGCAGCCAGACCACCCUGUGUGGGGACUGUGCACAGCCAGUGUCCUCUGCACUGCUGAAAGACACCUCACCUUGCUCUGGCAGUGACACAGCUCCGUUUUGGGAUGGAGGGGAACACCCUGGGAUCAGCUCAGCUGGCCAGAGCGUGGUGCUGAUCACACCAAGGGUGUGCUUUGAUCCCUGUAGGGACCACUGGACUCAAUCCUUGUGGCUCCUGUCCAACUCAGAAUGCUCUGUGGUUCUCUGAUCUGUCUCAGGACUUUAUAGAACACCAACAACUUCUGGAUGUUGUAGGUUGUUUAAGACAAAAUUAGUCUGCUUGUGCACCUGACUGCUCCUGUAAGCAAAGCUACACUGUGCCUGCUCCUUCUGUACACUCAGGUAUCACAUUUCAGUGUAAAACAGAGCUUCACCUGUGAUUCUUCCAUUCCUGAGCGAGGGAAUCCUGCUGGGAUGGGUGGGAUCCCCUGCUCCCCAGGACCUCAGCACUGGGCAGGCACAGGACACUCACGUGUGGCUCCUUUCCCAUCCAAGGCUCUUUUUCAGGCUCUGACAUCGGCUGGCAGCAUCUGCAGGAGUUCAACAAGGGAUUGUUUGUGCUUCCUGCCGUGAGAAAUUAAAGCUUCAGUGGGGGAAGGAAGGAAAAAAAAAGAGAAAAAUGGCAUAAACAGAUAAACUUCCUCAAUUGCACUGACAAAACAAAGCAGCCUGGGAACAGGGAGUUUGCAAAUGUGAAGUCAUUAAAGAAAUGUGCCAAGGACUGCCUGGUGCUCUCAAGAGUCUGAGCUGCAAUGAGCUGGGCUCCUCCUGGGUGUGCAACUCCAGUAAUUCUGAAAAUCCAAGCCCAGUAUUGCAGCCUGGUUUUCUUUGAUCUCUUUUGUUCCAUCUUAGAUGACCUGGGUUUGAGACAGUCUCAGUUUCUGUGUUUCCCUGUGUUCUGGGAUCCACCGAGGGAGUUCCCAAAUAAACCUCCUGCCCCAGACCUCGGCCUUUGACCUCCCUGGCCUGUGAAGUCCUCCUGGUCUUGCAGAAUUCCUUCUAAUUCCAAGACACCUCCUGAAAAUGGAGCUGGGUUAAACAUGUUAACAAAGAAUAAAAACAAAGAUUUGAUCCAGCCAAUAAGUUCUUCGGAAGGUGCCUGAAGAAAUGGAGUUUCCAGGUACUACAGACUAAAAAUAAUUAUAAUAAAUGAGCCAGUUCUCAUCUGGGUGAAGUAGCAUUGCUCCAUCAAAAUUAAUUUGCUCAUUAAUAUAAUGCUUAUGCCUCCAAUGUCACUCCUGCAUGUGCUUUUAAUGGAUUUGAGGGGCCCAGCUUUAACACUCUAAAAUCAGAAUUUCAUUAGUAAAAUCCUCAAAAUAAGACUAAAGAGAAUUCACUUACUGGAAUGUGUUUUAUGUCAUGCCUUCCAGUGGCCUAAUAAAUAAGUUUUCUACGUAUAACCCCAUUCCCAUUAAUGGCAAGCUGUUGAAGAGGUGAGUGCAAUCUAUUUAAAUAUAUUUUACAUGUCAGGACCUUGUUAUUUCCAGGAUGAGUCCUCAUGGGGACAGGCAGGGCUGGAUGGUUUGGAGAGCCAGCAGCCACACUUCUACUCGUGCUAGUAAAUAAAUCCAAGCUGGUGUAAAGCAGGAGUAGCUGCAUUUCCCCAGCCAGGCUGCAGCUGCAGCCCACUCACCUGCAGUGGCAGGGUGUGGUGGGAUCUCACAUCCUGGAGGCUGCAGGAUGAGGACCUUUCCUGGCCGAGCUCCUCCUCAUGGUCACGAUCCCUGGAGGAAAAUCUUCAUCUCAGGCAGCACAAGGGAAAAGGGAUUUGUCCAGGAUCCCAGGCCACAGCCAGGGCUGUGUCAGGUUUUGGCACCACCACACCAGAUCUCCAGCCCCUAACUCCCACCACACAGAAUUAUUCAUUCCUCAUUUUUUCCCUUCAAACCAGCUCCCAGCCCCUCAUUCCUCCUGCCCAGCUCUUCCCUGCUGCCUCCAGGA